GACAGAAGAAAGUUAAUGUACCCAGCGACGCUAUCGAGACAUACAGCUGCAUCCCUUCUCCUUCUCCUUCCUUGCCGUGCAGUCGUAACACCCGCCUCUACAGCGGUCGCCGCUCCUCAUCAUCUGCAUACGUUGACCUUCGCUGCAGCGAGGAGCUGGACCAGCAGCGUCCGCCGCGCCGGAAGAGGCAACAAGCCGUCGUGUUUGGCUGGCGCGGCACGGCAGCAGCUCGCCCGUCGCAUGAGCGAGCAGCCGCAGCAGCAGCAAGCGAAGAGGCACAAAAGCGACAGCAGCACUACCACGGACAUGGCGGAGAUGGGGGUCGACAUCCGGGUGCCCUCCGGCUGGGUUGUGGGGUCCACCGCGGUGGAGGGCAAGAAGUGCAUCGGGACGCACAGCGGCUCUUUCCAUUGCGACGAGGCCCUGGCGUGCGCGAUGCUCAAGAUCCUGCCGGAGUGGUCCGACGCCGUUAUCGUGCGCACCCGGGACGAGGCGGAGCUGGCCAAGUGCAACGCCGUAGUCGACGUUGGCGGGGUGUACGACCCCACCACCCUGAGGUUUGACCACCACCAGAAGACAUUCCACGACACGCUCUCCGAGGAGAAUUUUCAGACCCGCCUCUCAAGCGCGGGGCUGGUGUACCGCCACUACGGCCGGCAGAUCCUGAAGCAGCUCGUCCAGGGCACCUCGGUGCCGGAGGACGUUGUGGACAAGAAGCUCUAUGCCAAGGUUUACAAGAACUUUGUCGAGCACAUCGACGGCAUUGACAACGGAGUGGAUGUGGCCAAAGGAGCGGACCUGAGCUACGACAUAUCUUCGCACCUCAGCGCUAGGGUGGGCCAGCUCAACCCGAGCUGGAACGAGCGCUCAGACCCCGAAGGCCCCGACGGCCCGAACGCUCGCUUCAAGAAGGCUAUGUCGCUCACCGGUGGCGAGCUGUGCCGUUGCGUCCAGGGGCUGGCUACGUCGUGGUGGCCCGCGAGGGCAAUCGUGGCGGAGUCGUUGGCAAGGCGCAAGGAGGACCACCCAUCGGGAGAGAUUAUGGUUCUCACGGGCUUCUGUCCCUGGAAGGGUCACCUCCUCGAGCUCGAGGAAGAGAUGGGGAUCGCUGGGGAGCUCAAGUACGUGCUCUACGCCGAGGGGGACCCCGCAGGGAAAUGGCGAAUACAGGCGGUACCCGUAUCGGAGGGCUCCUUCGCUCUCCGCCUACCUCUGGCGAAGCCGUGGCUUGGCCUGCGGGACACGGAGCUGUCGGAGGCGUCCGGCAUAGAGGGUGGCGUUUUCGUUCACGUCAACGGUUUCAUCGGCGGCAACGCUAGCAAGGCCGGGGCCAUGGCCAUGGCCUCCAAGUCGCUUGAGCUUGCAGCAGCGGCGGCGACCUAGGCCGCAGACAUACGAGAUAGUAUAGUAGGUUGUAGAUAGGUGUUGGGCGGUUGAAGCCGACGGCAGUGGGAGCCGCGGCGGCGACGAGGUCAUUCGAUGGUUAUGGGUAAGCCGUUUGAGUCGGCCGUAGCGACGAGAUCAUGCGGUGGUGAUGAGGGGUAGGUUUGUUUGCGUCGGCGGUGGCGACAGCGGCGGCGACCUUCACGUAGAAUUGCAAGCAUGGCAGCACUUGUUUUUUUUUACACAUCUAGAGCACCAAGGAAUUCACGGGCCGAAUCGACUGCCCCAACCCCUCCACCCAGGGGGGUACAGAGCACAUAUCUUUCACCUCGUCAGGACUAGCCACUACU